CGCGCGUCAAGCACUCCCGGAACUGAAGCUGGGCGCCUGGCGGUCGGGAGACAGGGGCCACGUCAGCGGGGCGGCCGGGAGCUUGGCGGGCCGGCCGGCUGCGCCAUGCGGCGGGGAGCGCUCCUGGCGGGCGCCCUGGCGGCGUACAUGGCUUACCUGGUGCUGGGCGCGCUGCUGGUGGCGCGGCUGGAGCGGCCGCACGAAGACCGCCUCCGAGCUGAGCUGCAGACUCUGCGCCAGCAGCUGCUGCAGCGCAGCCCGUGUGUGGCUGCCCCCGCCCUGGACGCCUUCGUGGAGCGGAUGCUGGCGGCAGGACGGCUGGGGCGCGCAGCACUCGCCAACGCCUCGGGGUCCGCCAACGCCUCGGACCCCGCCUGGGACUUCGCCUCGGCGCUCUUCUUCGCCAGCACGCUGGUCACCACCGUGGGCUACGGGUACACGACGCCGCUGACUGACGGGGGCAAGGCCUUCUCCAUCGCCUUUGCGCUCCUGGGCGUGCCGGCCACCAUGCUGCUGCUGAAUGCCUCAGCCCAGCGCCUGUCCCUGCUGCUCUUCCACGCGCCCCUGUCCUGGCUGAGCCGGCGCUGGGGCUGCCACCCCCCGCAGGUGGCCCGCUGGCACCUGGCGGUCCUGCUGGGGGUCGUGGUGACCAUCUGCUUCCUGGUGCCGGCCGCAGUCUUUGCCCACCUUGAGGAGGCCUGGAGCUUCCUGGACGCCUUCUACUUCUGCUUCAUCUCUCUGUCCACCAUUGGCCUGGGUGACUAUGUACCUGGAGAGGCCCCCGGCCAGCCCUACCGGGCCCUCUACAAGGUGCUGGUCACAGUCUACCUCUUCCUGGGCCUGGUCGCCAUGGUGCUCGUGCUGCAGACUUUCCGCUGUGUGUCUGACCUUCAUGGCCUCACAGAGCUCAUCCUCCUGCCCAGCCCAUGCCCUACCAGCUUCGACGAGGAUGGGGAUGAUCGGGUGGACAUUCUGGGCCGCCAGCCAGAGCCACGCCAGCAAUUCACCACCGGCUUGCACCCCGACUACGCCUCCAUCCCUAGGUAGCUGGGGCAGGCGUCGCGAGGCUGUGGACCUGGCCUGCGGCUGAGGGGCCCAAGGGAGUGGACUGACAAACUAGCACGUCCACAAGCACAUGCCAGUGUUCCUGAGGCCCUGCCUCCGCUACCCGUCUGUCCUUUGUCUUACCUGCCUGAGCACCACCCGGAUCCAGGAACCAGCAUUGCCUUGUUUCCCCUGCCCCUCCUCUCAUCUCCCUGCACACUCUGUGCUUCCCCGGCUUUCUCACCGUCUCUGUCUUUCCCUCUCACCAUCUCUCUGUUUCUCAUUCUUUUACUCACGCCAUCUGCCACUCACCACCUGCUGAUUCUCCCAGGCUCUGGGCUCAGACCUCAUUUCAGGUGCUAGAUCAGUCACUCCACUUUGGCCAAGUGACCGGCCCUCUCAGAGCCUUGAUCUCCUCAUCUGUCAAGUGGGAAGAGUAUAUUCACUCAUUCAAAACUCCCUCCUCUGUGCCAACCCAUGCUGGGCAGUUCUAGGGACAUAGUAGUGUUCCAGAUGGUCUGGGCCCUGCUCUCCUGGGGCUUGCCAUCCUGUAAGGUAGACAGACCUGUCCCCACACAGUGACAGUCCAUAACAGGCAGGACUUCAGUGGGGGGGGUGAGGGUGGCGGUGGGCAGAGUGGUCAGGGCUAGGGUGGAGGGAGCACAGGGAAUGUACCCAAUCCAGCCUGGAAGGUCAGGGAGGGCUUCCUGGAGGAAGGGGCAACUGAACUCAGACCUGAAAACUGAGGAGGAGUCCGGGGAAGAAGGUGUACCUGACUCAUUUUCCUCAAGUGUAUCCAGGGAGCAAGACACAUUCGGAGACUCCUGGGGUAGGCUUGUGUGAUAGAAUCUUCUUCAGCAGCCUGGCAGGCCGGAAGCUAAGGCACUGCUCUUCGUGAGACACCAUUGUAACAGCUGUUCCCAUUUACCAAGGACUAAUUACAUUAGGGGAACUGGGCUCUGAAGCCAGCCUGCUUGGGCUCAAAUCCCAACUCAGUCCUGCCUGUGUCCUUCGGUGGUCACUUUGCCUCUGUGAUUCUUGGUUUCCUCAUCAGUAAAAUGGCAAUAACAAUAGUUACUUCAAAAGAUGAUUUCACAGAGCCUGCCAUGUUAUUCUGUGAUGCUUUCUUUGGCCAGGCCCUGUUCUGGGUACUUUACAUAUGAGGUAAAUAAUGAUAAUAUUAUCAGUGGACAUGGCCAUAUCGUAAGCAUCCUUAAAGGACCAUCUUGGGAACUUGGCUUCUUUCUUGAGGGCAUUAGAGAGCCAUGGAAGGGUUUUGAGCAGGAGAGGGCCAUGGUUAAGUUUGGGUUUUAGCUGCUGUUUGCAGGGGGACACUGAGGCUGGGCGCCCAGGGGAGGCUGGGGCAGGAACAAAGCAGGAGACAAUGGGACUGGGUAGGGCCAAGGGAAGAGGAGGAGGGGGCGAGUCAAGGGAUGCUCAGAAGGCCAAAUGGACAGGCCAUAAGCCUUACAGACUUGGGAGGGAUAAGGCCAGAGAAAGGUCCAAGGUUUGUCAGCUGCCCCUGAGGUAAGCCUGGGAGAAAGAACAGAUUUGAAGGGAGAUGCUGAGGCUUGUUUGGAACAUGGUGGCUGUGAAGGGCUAACGGGACACACAGGAGAAGGCAUCAGGAGGUUACAGGACCCUCAGGGCAAGGGCUCAGUGGGUGGUUGAGGCUGGAGACAGAUGAGGAAACCAAGGCCAUGAAGGUGGGUAUGACAGCUCUGGGUGGGAAUGAAGAGAGACGACCAGCCUUGAGAAAUCAGCCUUAGGGUAUUUAUAUAUUUAUAUCAGUAAGGAAAGAUUUGGGUUGCAAUCAACCAAAUCCUGACUGGCACUGGCUGAAACAAUGAGAUGGUUGUAUAUUGUACAUCACCAGAGUUGGGGACAGCUCCAGGCAUGAUACAAUCCACAGCUCCAAGAGGGUCUUGUGGUCCCAGGUUCCCUCUCUCUCUGCUCUGUUACCCUCAGCUGAAGGCUUGGCUCCCACAUGGGCUCUCCUCAUGGCCCCAGAGUGGCUGCCACAGAUCCAGGCGUCACAGUCAGACAUGUUAAUUUUUAGUACAGGAA